AUGCGCAAAAUAUUCUUCUUUUUGCUGCCUUUGAUUUUCUCGUUACAAUCACCCCCGAAGGUCUUUGCCGUUGUUCAAAAGUGGCCGGUAAAGUUGCAUUCAAACUCGUCCGUCUCUCUCGAAGGAGGAGAAAGUAACAACAUACUUUUUGAUUCAGACGUCACGACGAUAUACAACAAACUCACCGUUUACGCCGAUGCCGAUUUUGAUUUCUCGACUGAGUUUGAACUCGCGGCGAAGUCCUUGGAGGAAUUGGAAGUUGACGUUUUUGAGCAUGAGGCUUCACAGCCUUCGCCGCCACCGCCGAGCCCACCACCACCGCGGCCGAACCCACCACCGCGGCCGAACCCACCACCGCCGCCGAACCCACCACCACUGUCACCACCACCGACUCCCGUCACACCUAUCCCGGCCGCGAGCUGGCACGCGUUUGUCGCUGAGUGUUUGGCCGAAGCGCCGGUGACUGGCGAGUGCACAACGUGGACGUCUGGUAAUAAUUACGGGACGAUGCCGAAUUGGAAUACGAGUUUGGUGGAAGAUAUGAGUGGAUGGACUGGAAGUGCACAUGAAGGCUUUGGCGAUAAACGUACAUUCAACGGCGAUAUUUCGAAGUGGGACACAGGGAAAGUGACUAAGAUGUCCCGUGUGUUUUGGCAAGCUACUUCCUUCAACCAAGACAUUGGGGAUUGGAACACGGCGCAAGUGACUGAUAUGAAUUCUAUGUUUGUUUCCGCUUUUGCGUUCAACAAAGACAUUGGGACUUGGAACACAGAGAAAGUUACUAAUAUGAAAUUUAUGUUUAAUGGUGCUUCUGUCUUCAACCAAAACAUUGGGAGUUGGAACACAGAAAAAGUGACGACUAUGGAGGGAAUGUUUGUCCACGCUUAUGCGUUCAACCAAGACAUUGGGAGUUGGAAUACAGCGCAAGUGACUUCUAUGUAUGGUAUGUUUAAUUCCGCUUCUGCGUUCAACCACAACAUUGGGCGUUGGAACACAGCGCAAGUAACUACUAUGGCUUAUCUGUUUUCUUAUGCUUCUGCGUUCAACCACGACAUUUCCUCGUGGACCGGAUCCGCAGCGACGACGGUUCAAUAUGACAUGUUUUACGGCGCAACUGCGUUUCAAGCCAAAUUUACGUGCACCUACGCCAUCAUCGGACCGGUCAGCUCGUGUGUGCCUAAGUACCCGUUCGUCGUUCGAUGCUACUGGCAGCAAAAAGCUAAAAGCAAGGUUGCUCUUCGGCGCGAAAACGCGAACGUUUUCCUCUUAAAAUUUGCGCAUACGAGGGUUAUUCUUUUAAGUUCUAUUGAUAUAAAUAUGACGACGACGACGACGAGGAGGAGGAAACAAAAACGAUCCUCCUCUUCUUCUCUUCAUUCUUCUUCUUCAUCGUCAUCGGCACCUUCUUCAUCUUCUUUUCCCUCGCGUCGAGCGAUGAUGACGCUCCUUCUGCUCCUUUUCGGGACUAUUUCUGACGUAUUCGUCGUUCGCGCGACGUGGCCGAUCGUUCGGUACAAAAACGGGACGGUCGGGGUGAAGAACGACGGCGGCACGGUAAAAGUACAGAGUACGGAUUUAAUCGUCGACGGAAACUUGAGCGUUUCUGGGAGUUUAUUCCUACAAGAUCGAGAUCUCGCGGAGUACGAGGACAGAGUGUCGUUUCUCGAAGCGUCGAAAACACCGACGCCUCCGGUUUGUCAGCCGCCGGGUGGCGAUAAGUUACAGUUUGACGGCGAAAAGUGGACGUGCGUGUGCGUUUCUGAAUGGUGGAGCGGAGAUUCGUGCGAGACGCCACCACCGUGGGUCUGGAAGCAAAGACUUGGUCCGAUUGCAGAUCGUUCUGACGUUCUUGUUGCUUUCAAAGGUAAUUCUUCAGUCAUAGCAUUUGGAUCAGGUAAAAUAGAAGCUUUCAAUCUUACACAGAAUGGUGAUUUCGUGAUGAAGAGCGACGAGAGCGACAUUUUUCCACACACUCUAACUACUAGACGUGACUGGAACCAAGACGCGAUUGUGGGUGACUACGCUGUUGUAGGUUCUAUCGGUGCACAAUUCUAUAUCGCCGGUUCGUGGAGGGCAAUUGGCAUUGCUUGUGUUUUGAAAAGAAAAGUGGAUGGCGAAUGGAUUAAAGAGAAAGAAUUGACAGGGUGCUAUAGUAAUUAUAAGGGAACCUAUUGUAGUUAUGGUGGAGCCCAAGCACUUGGUAUAAAAGAUUCACACCGUGAAUUUGUAGUGUUCAAGGACGGAUUCAAAUCGUGUUCUCGGUGUUCUGGGACUGAGAAUGCCCCUGAAAUUAAAACGUUCGUAAGCAGCGGUACCAGCACGACAUGGACUACAAAGCAAUCGAUACUCUUGGAAGACUGGAUGACAAGAGUGGGCAGUUCAGAGGUUGAAUUAAAAACCAUCAGAAAUAUAUUACUGAACGACUUUGCAACAGCCACCAGGUACUUCAUGGUAGUUCAUGUGAGCCAUAUUAGUAUACAGUCGCACGGUAUUAGUCAGGAGCCAAAAGAGGAAAUUCGUCUGUACUCAAACGCAGCUCCUGGUGCAGACGCCAGUGAAUGGGUUUUUGAGACUUCGUGGUUCAUUUAUGGAGCGGGGAGUAACGUAAACUUGGCACUAACCUUCUCGGGGCCUGACAUUCUUGUCGCUGCUAUCGGAGCCGGGGAAAAGACGCCUUGGCCAGGAAGUGAAAACUCUUCCGAUUACGCUGCUUCUAAAUGCGCUCACGUUAAGGUUUACGAUUUAAAUACAAAAAAAGAGAUUCAGACGAUAACACUCCCUCAGUGCGCCGGACAAGUAACUUUGCAAGCAAGUAAAGACUUUCUGGUUGUUGGAAAUUAUUAUGACUUUGUGGUGUAUGUAUAUGAGCACUCAAAAGAAGCAGCGGGGGUGUUUGUUCACGUUGACACUUUGAAAGCCCCUGAUUCUCCAAGUAUGACGCGACGCGCAUCUACUCCGAGGGACGCGCAGUACGACGCUCGUACAGAUGUAAGAUUUGGACAGUACGUGGCUAUUAAUGCAAAAAAUGAUAUUCUCGUAUAUGCGAGUCAAGAAGAGAGUGUGAAUGCUACUCGAGGAGUCGUACAUCGCUUCCAAAGUAGGGAGCAGUCAGUUACGUCACCUCCACCGACUGAUUCUGUCACGAUAAACGGUAAACAACUUUACCAAGACUCGGACGGAUGGAUUUUGUUACUCGCGUAUGAACACAAAGCUGGAGAAAAUAACGCAUUCGUCUCGCAAACGGCUCCGUCGUCGCCGACCGAAGGGUAUUCGCACAUUUGGCUCGAGGAUUUGGGUUUGGCUGCGUCUGAUGUAGACAGCGUGAAGUUUUAUUGUAAAACGUCCGCGCAUUCUCGCGUGAUGCAUUUUUCGUCGAGCACGGAUUGGGUGAAAAAUGCUGUCGUAACCGGUACGUAUACGGGUAAUCAAGUUUCGUAUUGGACUUCCGGUACGACUAAAUUUUCAGAUCACACUGCAAAUCUCCCGGAUGCAGCAGAUCUUGGCGCAGCAUAUAACGAACUAACAAAUGCAAUAUUCUAUGUGGGCAACACAUAUCACUGGGGUAUGAAAAUUCAAGGAUCUCGAUGGGAAUGCGAUGACAUGUCUUUCAACACCGCCGACACUCUCCACCAGAUUUGGUUCAAACGCAAGUCUUCCAGUGGCGCGUAA